AUGAUGGCAAUAAAAUCUCGACUGAGGCAAAUUGUCCAUGUUGUCAGAAGAAAGAAUAGCAGAGUGCUGCGAAUUUGUAUGGUCGUUCUGCUGACCACUUUGAUAUUCAUAGGAUUGCACCAGGGUUCUGACUACAUCGAAAUUGAUUUACUCUCGAACAUUACUUACCUCAAUGAUUACAAAGCAGAGACGAACGGGACAGUAUCGUUUGAUGCAAGUAAGCUUCGCAAUGUGCUGAAAUUAACCAUGGAUGAGAUCAGGCGGCUUUCACCACAAGAUGAAAUAGAUCGAACCAGAGGAAAGGACUGCCGGAUAGGGGAUAUACAGAUUGAAAAUUCCCAUGAUCUUGACAUAGUAAGUCGAGCUGAACUGCUCAAAUGCGUAGAGCUCCACACUUCCACCAAGGACAAGCUUAAGGACCUGCAUAGGGCCUUUCUCCAUACGAUGAAAGACAAGAUAAUACCCAGAUUCCAUAAGGAGAUGUAUGUUGGUAGUGGAAUUGUUUUCGUUGCUGGGGGAAAGUUUACCAUGCAUGUCAUGCCGGCAAUUAAAGCUAUCAGGGCUAACGCCGGCGGUGAGAUUCCGAUCGAGAUCAUGAUUCCUCCCGAGAACACCGGUGAAUCAUCUUUUUGUGACAAUGUUUUACCAUUACUUGAUCCCUCCGGUCUGACACGCUGCGUCUUUAUGGAGACAUUAUUUGACUCCACGACAUUGGGAAGCGUGAAGGGCUACCAAUUGAAAGCGUUGGCGCUUUUGGCAUCAAGUUUCAGAAAAACGUUGCUUUUGGACGCUGAUAACUACGUUGUCAAUCCUAUAAAUAAGAUGUUCAAUUGCCCAAUUUUUGAUGAGUUUGGGUUGGCCUUAUGGCCAGAUUACUGGAGAAGGCUUCAUCACCCCGGCGUUUAUGAUAUAGCUGGGAUAGAAGUUGAUACCACGAAACGUACCCGGUACUCGGUUGAUAACGUUUCACCUGCUGAGCGUUACAAAGUGAAUGAUAUUGGCAAGGUUCCCUUCCAUGAUCUAGAUGGAGCUAUCCCAGAUGGCAGCACAGAAUCAGGCCAAUUAUUGGUUGACAAACAUAAACAUCUGGAUACGAUAAUACUGAGUCUGUAUUACAAUUACAAUGGACCCUCAUAUUACUAUCCUUUGCUUGGCCAAGGUUUUGCUGGGGAAGGUGAUAAAGACACUUUUGCCUUUGCAGCGAAGGCGCUGUCUGCAAAUGGUAUACACAGGAACUAUUAUCAGGUCAAAGCCCCUGUGAGGGCCAUGGGGUACUGGGCAAAUAAGAAAGAUGAGGUGAAGAUCUUAAGCGAAGAUAGGAUUAGUGCAGAUGAGCAAGCUUUCCGUGGAGUGGCAAUGAUACAACAUGAUCUGAAUGCUGAUUUCGAAGCUUACAAGAAGGCACGCCAAGAACUCCAUUCAAAACCGAUGGAGGAGCUGCGCGCCCUGCGUGAGGAGGCCUUUCUGUCUGAGGUUUCUGCUGACUUCACUGACAUUGAUAAGGUUUUCUGGCAAGAGCAAAGGAAGAAGGGUUACGACGUUAAGGGCUUUCUUUCCUUCUUUAAAGAAGUUCCCGUAUCGUUCAUCCAUUCUCAUCUUCCCAAGUAUGAUCCAUGGGAAUACGCCGCAAACGAAGAUAUGAUGUUCGAUGGCAGGAAAACAGCCUCUCGCCAUGAGGAUGAGCCCAACUUCACACCAGCCCACCACGGCCAUUUCCGCAUGUAUAACGACGAAUUCCCAAAGCUCACCAACUAUGAUUUGGAGCUCUCCAACUGGCUGUGCUUCCAAAAAUACGUCUGUCAAGAAAAUGGUUACAAGAAUUUCAAUUACCUGCUGCAAAAGGUCGAGAAAGUACAAGGUGGACAUAAAUCACUGGAACAUAUGUGCGAUUACAUCAAUAAAAGAGUUGAAAUGCUACUUGCGACAACAUGGGAAGGAUCCAAAGUUAUGUGA